UUUAAAACCAGCAAGACAAGAAGCAAAUUAAAAAAAACACACACACACACACACACACACAAAUAAUUCCUUCACAGCAGCAAUGGCGAGAACGAACAACAAGAAGCUGACGACGAUGCUCCUGGUCACCACAGUCGCCGUGCUGGGCCUCCUGCUAGCCGUGGCCUCGUCGGCGGCGUGUGGCUGUGGCCGGCGUCGCGUGCACCUGCAGCUGUACAUGCACGACGUGAUCGGGGGGCCGAACCGGACGGCGAUCCGGCUCAUCUGGGGCGUAGGCCUGCCGCACGAGUCCAUGCCGAAUCGCACCUUCGGCGACACGGUGGCGAUCGACGACCUCGUCACGGACGGGCCGGGCAUCGUCGGCGUCGGCGACGGCGACGGCGACACCAGGCCCAUCGGCCGGGCGCAGGGCACCUACAUGCUGAGCUCGCAGCACGAGGAGGUGAUCGUGGUCUCCAUCACCGUCGUCCUCACCGCGGGGCCCUACAACGGCAGCACGCUCGUGGUGGCCGGCCGCGACAGGAUCUACGACGAGGUAAGGGAGCUCGCCGUCGUCGGCGGCACGGGCCACCUCCGUGGGGCCUCCGGGUACGUCCUGUGGACGACGGCCAAGGUUUGGUCGGACGUGCACAUGGUGCUGGAGCUCGACGUGCACGCGACCGUGCCACUGAUGCCCGACGACGACGACGACGACGACGACGACAACGUUCUUGUUCUUGGCAGCACCAGCAGCGAUGUGUAACGCUGACAUGCAUGUAUGGGCCUCUCUAUCUCUGUCUACCUCUCCGAUCCCAUUGUUGCUGUUGCCAGCUUCAUGAAAAAAAUAAAAGGAGCUUGAAACUUGAAUUAUAAUGUACUACGACUUUACAAUAAGGUGCUGUGGAAGAACAAUUUUAUUAUUGUA